AAUCUACCUAGAUUUCUUCGUAUCGAACUCCUAGAAAUAGCCGAAGGUCUUAUCAUCCAUGAGCUCAAGCCAGAACUAUGCGCACAACAGAAGCACGUUAUCGUUACCUUGGCCUUAAUUAUUAUUAUUACUGCAUUUUCCCUUUACUUAUGUCUCAUAUUCUCAUUAUUUUAUUCAUAAGUACCCAUCAUAUCACUUUAUUUAUUUUUUUACACCUCUGUGACCUUUAAUUAUUGUAACAAAAACAUUUUAGUAAUCUUACUACAUUCACGUUAUAAUUUGUUACUAACUUACUAAGUCUAUUGUUAUUAUUCGUAUUACGCAAUCUAGUAUUAUAAUCUUUCUAUUACGUCAUCUUGGUUAUUUGUGUUCACAUUUCCUCACGGAGCUAGUACUUUACCAAAAAAUUUCUAUAUGUAUAUACGAUUGUACAGCUUUGAUAAUAAAUUCGUUGAAAAAAGAUCCCUGCUCUGAAUUUUAUUUUUUUUAUUUUUAAAUGGGAAUUAUCUGUCACUUAAUCGCUUGUUAUGAGUCUCCUAGCCAUCUUAGUUGGCACAUCUUUACAACUACAUUUAUAGACCUGAUUUCUCCGCCGAAGAGGUUACACACCAACCCAAAUUACCUCAUGCGUAAGGGCAUUGUUACGAUUAUAUGCAUGGUCAAAUGCCUGUAAUUCGCACGGCUCUUGCGCUUUAAAUUGCUGUUUCACAACCAUAUAAAUCACCAAAUGUUUCCUGAAUUACGGUGCAUUCAUGUUAAACAGUGUUCCGAAUAUAUCUUAGUUUCAAGCCAAACAAUUAUUGGAUAAGUUACGUUAUCCUACGAUAAAUAUUAUAGCAUGUUUACAUAAUGUUAGGGCAACUGUCCCCAAUUUGUCGUACUUAUUUUUCUCAUAGGUUUGUUUUGGUGCAUGUGUUUGCCCAUUCUUGUUCUUCAAUGUAAUUCGUUCUCGAUGGCUUCAACUACUGACCGUUUGUCUACGAUGGAUUGGUUUUAUUUUGAUGUUGAGUUUUUCGAUUGAAAGAGCUAUUAUUCUGCACAAAAACUUUACAAUUGCAACGUUUCACCAUAAUGUUAGUAUGUAUUGGAAUCCUUCAAUCUAUUCAUUACUUAUAAAAUCUGAACCAGUUCCAAAACCACCAGCCUUUCAACCUCAAAAUAUACCAAGUUUAUUCGGAGUUUGUGUGUACGUAUUUAUGUGUCAUCAUUCUAUUCCUGGCAUUGUAACUCCUGUUAGAGAUAAGAGUAAAAUACUAUGUAGAAUAUUUAUACCUGUCUUCAUUACAGUUCUAUCGUUUAACCUCUUAUUAUCUACUACAGCUAUCAUUGCAUUUAACCAUAUUGAAGAUAUUUACACAUUGAAUUUUCUACCGAACAAUGAAUUUAUCGACAUAUCACAAAUUCCUUAUACAUUAGCUUUGAUAAUAGGUUAUUUUUUAUGUUUAUUUCCUGUGUUUGCGUUGACUUCAUCUUUUCCAAUAGUUGGCACUAGUUUACUUGGGAACAUUUUUUCUUUAUGUAACUUCUUCUCUGCAUUCGGAAGUGACAAAGCUCAAAACAUUUUGAAGUACACAUUACCAUUUGUCGUACUACUGCCACCAUUAGGGAUUGCAUUAAUAACUACUAAUGUUGGAUAUUUAACUGGUUUUACCGGGGCAAUUUUUGGUUCAGGUAUACAGUAUAUAAUACCAGCGCUGUUAGUAUUUAAAGCACGUCGAUACUUAACACACUGUGUUCGUCUGAAAGAAUCUUAUCUUGAAACAACAACAGAUCUACAGCAAAGUGAUGAUACGACAUCGGCAACUGUUGGUGAACAAAUGAUACAACCAAAUUCCAGCAAUAAUAAUACGGAGAAUGAGAAUAUCAUGUAUGGUUCAACAAAUGACAUAACAACACCACGUUCUGUUUCAAUUAUAGGAAAAUGUUCCAACCAUCAUUUAUUGUCUAUUUCUAUGCAUGCAUCACCAUUUCAGAACUUUUUCUGGAUAAUAAUAGCUUUAAUUUGGGCUUUAUUUUGUACUAUCAUUGUCCUCAUUGACAAAAUACACCAUCUUUGAACGCAACGUUUCUUAGGAUUUCAUUUUUUCUGAAAAAUCUAAACAUGUUUUAUCCCUCUUUAUUAGGACCUCUUUGUUGAUUAUGGUUACUUCUACUGAAUCACAAUAGUGAUUUUAUAUUUUUAAUCAAUAC